GUCCUUUUUGAGGUGAUAUCUGCUGUUGGUAUUGCAAGAAGUUGAUCGGGAUUCAUUUUCGAUUGUUUUUCUGUCAAUACCAAGCUGCCUUAUGGUUCAUCUGUGUCGUCGGCUAUGAGUCCGACUUUGUUUGGAAUCACUUUAUCUUAACGUUGCGCUCGGCGCGUGCGGUCGCGUCUGAAUGCUUAAAUCCGUUCAACACAAGAACAACACUUUCUCCACCACCACCCAACCCAAAAGGCUAUGGAGAUCGAAAGAGGGGAGCUGCUAUGCCAAAGAGCUUCCAAAGUUGACCAGACCGCGCAAAAGGGUCAGUCCAAAUCGCAGAGUGCACGAGAUGAUUUCGAGAAACAGUUGGACGCCUUCCUUCCUCCUUCCGGCAGUCAGUCGGAAUCAUGGCAAUUGAAGCAACUAAGGGCUUCGUUUGGUCACACCGGUAGCAUAUACUCGAAGAACACCCCACUUUCAGAGUAUAACGCUGGUGAGUGUAAUGGAAUACGCACAACAACGCACGGCAAGAGUAGGGAUCACAAUGAAAGGGAAGUUGAGCUGUACUGGAAUGACAAUAGGCUGAUAUGGUCUGUAGCCGGAAUAGCGAUACGAACAUUCAGCUUUGAGAAAUCAGUUCGAUGGGCUUGCUGGGCGUGGUUUGAUGUGCAAGAGACAAAAGGAAGGAGCUCACAACGUGCUCUUUGCAUCUUUCUGCAAUCUUCAAUGAUCAUUCAAUUUCCCCAUACAGGUCAAGAAUACGUCAAACGAUUGGAUUUUGAGGUUUUGAAAGUAGUUGUGCUAGAUGUCGGAAUCUUUGUUCAAAGGCGAUCAGAGAGGGAAGAUCGAAAAAGACAUGAAAGAUCUUUGCAGGCUGAUCGCGACUUCGAUUUGGACGCCAUCUUUCAGGAUGAGCCGCUUCCGAAUCUUUUCUACCUAAGGCGACCUCUAGACGAACUUAAGCCUGUGCAAGUCUUUGAAGCAUCUGAAGGAGCGAGAAGGGCAAGCUCACGACCCUAUACGUUGAUGAAAGAAUCAUCAAAAUUGUUCAACUCAAUAGAAGAGCGUAUAGUGAAUGUUCACAAAAUAAAGUCGAAAAAGUCACCCGCAUCCGACGUUCUUGUCACAAUUAGUGACGACGACAAGAAAGUGCAUUUCUACUCCCUCCGUAUCAAGCCCACAUUGACGGAUGAGCCGCAAAGCGCAAAUCAUGCCAAUGGGGACCUACCGAAGAGACCACGACUUUCAUCUGCCACGCGAGGAAGGACCCCAUCUCAUCGAAGAACAUCGCGUCUGGAGUCGAGGAGCAGUUUUGCUGCUGGGCAAUCGAUGAGGAUGUCGAUGAAUGCUGGCCAAAGACCGGGUGCUUCGAUAAUUGAGCGUUCUCGAGUGUCCUCUGGACAUGCCCAUUUGUAUGGCUUGGGCUUGCCGACAGUCUCUAAUGCACCUCGGCAGGAAGUUGCUGAAAUUCAAAUGGAAGAGGCGGAUGGUAUUCGACAUGUGAUACAAUCGAUUGAUGGAGUCCAAGUGCACAAAGAUAGAGAUCUGCUCGAGCAGAUUCUCCAGCCACAUGUUGCAUCUGCGCCUCACCAAGGUGAUGAAUUGAUACAAGAUAUACUUGAUGCAAGUCAUGUCUACUUAAAUCCCACACAAGCCAGUAGGGUUCAACAAAGGACGCAGGAUAUGCAAACGGAGAAGCACACGACCAGACAGGCGCUAUGGCAAUCGUUCUGUUCGAUAUUCAUCCAAGGAGCAAUGACUGAGAAUGAUUCACCGGCAAGGGAAGAGACUGCCUGGAAUCGCAUGCUACAAUCUGCUUCAAAAGAAGAGCAGAUGUAUAGCACUCUUCUCCCUUCUUUUCCAAGCAACGAUCGAGAAUACUGCAGUCACUUGUGGCAAGAUGCUCCUCUGAAGAAGGAUGUGGAUCAUGUCUCUGCUGCAGUGAUGCUCAACAUGAUUGCCCAAGACUUGCGAUUGAAUACGAGACGGAUAUCGAGCGAUCUAGAGAGGGUUGCACAUCUCAUACUAUCGAUCGCAAUUGAAUGCAAGUGGUCUAACUGGAUCAGGUAUUGGUCAUCAAUGAUCGGGGUCGACCAUUACGCAGAGAACGACACUGCCGCCAACGAUGAGCCCGUACUCUUCGAUAUUUAUGAUGACUUGCGUAAUUUCAUGACCAAUCAAAGCACUUCAAAGCCGAGUUCCAUCCUUCGACCUCGUUCAGCCAGAAUAAGGUCAACAUAUGAAGCAUUUCAGUUACCAGCCGCAUUUUUCAAACUGAUGUCCGGUCGUGUGUGCUCUACCACAGAUGCAAGAUCAUACAGAGUGGUUGAGGCAAUGUUGGCCAAUAACAUUGACGAAGAUUUCCUACAAAAUGUGCCGCUGUCCAUCGCACUACCCUUGCUGGAAGCUUGCCAUGUCAGUAGGUCUGAUCCGCCUCUUUCGUGGGGUCAAAAGGCAUAUACCCUUGUUGGCAGACCUGACUUAGCUCUCCAAUUGUCGAAAAAGGUACAGGCUGAAGGCGACAGAUCACGGAAAGAAAUCAACAAUAGUGCCGAGAGUGCAAGGAAGCAACGAGGAGAUGCACCCAAACUGCCUGGUAUAUGCUUUCAAUUAUUUAAUAAAGAUCAUCGGCUGAUCGACGUUUCAAACAUUUUGCAGACUCACAGAGCAGUGGCGACGCGAGGUCCAGCUGAGUCAAAUACGGCCGGCAACCAGAUGGAUGAAGAAGUGAUGGCAGAACAACAAAAGCGUAUCUUUGUGAGCGUUUCUGAUCGAUUAAAGGCAACAAGUGUAGGACGAGCAAUGUUUUUGCUUUCCUCACAACCUAUUCAAAUGGCGAAACAAUUAAAGAUUUCCCCGGUCUGUCUACGAAUCAAGAUGCUGUGUCAUUGCAUCGUCACACAUCGAGAACCUGAUGCUGAAAGUGCGGAAAUGGAAUGGCCCGAAUUUCAUAAUGGCGUUUCGGCAGCUUUGAUGCUGGCAACAGAAGAAGUACAGGUUGAGUCUAGUUGGAUCUAUAGUCAAACAAGCAGCGCUUUCAAUUCUCGACAUGCAGGAUUCAUAUUUGGUUUGGGACUACAAGGGCAAUUACGCAACUUGGGAAAGAUUCAUGCUCAUCACUACUUGAGCAAUCGUCAUCUGACUACCACAAUUGGCCUUUUGCUGGGAAUCGCGGUCAGCUUUGUUGGAUCGUGUGAUGUGAUGGCCAAGGCUCUGAUGAGUAUUCAUUUGAUUCACACUUUGCCGACACACAGUAAGCCUUUGAAGACUACAAUGCUUGAGCAGAGUGCUGCGUUGGUCGGAUUGGGUUUUGUAUUUUUGGGUAGUUACGAUGCAUGGGCAAGUCGGAUGGCCUUGCGUGCUUUGAGUACCGAUCUAGUCAUGACGGAUGAUAAUCAAAUGCUUCGCAGGGAAAGCUUUUCCUUAUCCGCAGGAUUCGCUUUAGGACUGAUUUGUUUGGGCAAAGGAAGACAACACAAGACGAGCGUCGAGAUUGAACGGGAGAUUGUUCCUCAUCUGGAAAAUGUGAUAAAGCAAUGUUCGUCAGGUGGAAGAGCUUCGGACAAGAAUGGAAAGACAUCUUCACAGAAUUCAAAAAACUCUUCUGCAUUCGAAUGGCGACCAGACAUCUCUUUGACUACCACUCCAGCGUCAAUCGCGUUGGCACUCAUAUAUCUACGAAGUAAUCGAGCAGAUAUUGCUGCAAAACUUGCCUUGCCCGAGUAUAUUGCUGAAUUGAACGAAAUCAGACCGGAUAUAUUGCAAAUUCGCGUUCUAUGCAGAUCUUUGAUCAUGUGGGAUGACAUCAAACCAACGCAACGGUGGCUAGAAUCUACUUUGCCACCCUUCUUUCAUAAAUUCGAUCUAGACAGAAACGAAGACGUGGGUGAGAGUGUGCAAUCAGCAUUGUACAAUAUGCGUAUAGGCGCAAUUUUUGCCGUCGGUCUCAAAUUUGCUGGCUCAAAUGAUCACACAGCUAAAGAGUUUUUACUGAAUCAAUUGUCAAUAAUCCAAUCAAAAGCAGAGGUAAGGCCGAUCACAUUCUUUGACAAAGUUCGUCAACAAGUAUUGCGUUCUGCUAUUGAUACAACUUUAACGAGCCUUGCGAUUGUGACUGCAGGAUCAGGGGAUGUAGAGAUUAUGAAAUUGAUCCGUAAAACACUAUUCAAAUCGGACCAAAUGCGUUAUGGAAAUUAUAUGGCUUCUACGAUGGCAAUGGGGAUGCUAUUCUUGGGUGGAGGCAGAUAUACGUUAGGUUCGUCGGACAUUGCAAUAGCCGCUCUAUUGAUUGCAUUCUUUCCUUUGUAUCCUAUCAAUGCGCAAGAUAAUCGAGCUUACCUACAAGCCUAUCGACAUUUCUGGAUCUUGGCUGUCGAGGCACGUCUGUUAAGCGUGAAGGAUAUCCGAAGCGGCGAAACUUCUCACACACCUAUUGAUAUCCUCCUCAACAGCAACGGAGGAGAACAGAGUAAUCAGGGAGAAACGCCAUGUGUGCUACCGGAAGUGGACCAAAUUGACACGAUCCGAAUUGCAUCUGAUCGAUAUUUGCAUGCAGCAAUUGAUGUCAAGACUAACAAGCAUCAUAGACGCACACUCUUGGAUACCCAAACAAUGUUUGCUAUGAGACGGUUGGCUUCAUUAAGUCAUGAGCAAGAUCCACACGGAUGUGCUAGCUUAUUGGAGCAACAGAAGGGCCUACAAGUGGAAUUAUCCGUUCCACUAAAGUCUCACACUUCCCUUGCGACAAUUCGUUCAUGGCAACAAGAAUCCGAGUCGCUUGCGGCUGAAAUUCGGACAUCGAUUGAUAGGCCGAUGAUCAAAGAUGCUCUGGACAUCAUUUAUGGUGGCUCUCGAGCCCUUGAUGAAAGGAGCGAGGACCUGCAAAGCAAAGCAGAGGAAGUCGCACUUGAGCUUUUUAUGGUACAAUCACUGUCUCAUUGUCUGUGCGAGGAUAAGCUACCAAUUUGGUCAGAUCUCAUUUUGCUUUACACAAAGGUACGCAAUAUUAUUCGAUCAAUCGAAUCAGAAGGAACCAUUUCGAUCGGGGACAGGAUGUUUUUGAUUGAUUUAGCAUUCCUUCAUGGCAAUCAAGAUCGAAUUACGUCACUUUUCAAUAAUAAGCCCCUUCUCCCCCACGACUUCAUCGGCAGACUACUUCAUCGAAUUGAAGAAGGAGUCACAAGGCUGUGAUGAUUGGAGGGGUAGAGGGUAUACAAAAUUGUACUAAUACAAGCAUCAUAAUCGUAAGAUUUUUGAAGUUAGCGCCGCAAC